AAUUAUAAGUUUAUAACUAUCAAACGAGAGAGAAAGAGAAAGAGAAAGCUAAGAAGAAAGAGAGAGAGAGAGAGAGAUGGGAUUCCCCACGAGCUACUCACCGAUGUUCCUCCCGAGCCUCUUCAUUCCCUUGGCCUUCCUUCUCGCCUUCGUCCGUCGUUUCCUCAUCGCCUUCUUCCACUCCAUCGGCCUCUCCAACCUCCUUUUCCUUAACUCCAUUGACCAAUCCCAAUCCCAAUCCCAAUCCCAAUCCCCACCCUUCUUCUUCCCCUCCCUCUCCGCUCUUCUUAUCCAGGAAUCUCUCCCGAUCCUCCACUUUGAUGAUCUCCGGCACCAUCCGGGAUACGCCGGCGCAGAGAGCUGCGCGGUGUGCUUGCACGAUUUUGAAGGCUCGGCGGAAGUACGGCGGCUCCGUAAUUGCAGACAUGUGUUCCAUCGCUGCUGCCUGGAUCGAUGGAUCGAGCUCGAUCAGUGUAGUUGUCCUCUUUGUCGCUCUUCUCUCAUCCCUUCCCACCUCGACGAUGCCUUCUUUGGCCGCCGUCUCUGAUUCCUAUUCUCUUUCUCCGGCGAGCUAGGGUUUCUUUUCCUUGCAUUCAUCUCUCUUUCUUUCUCAGUCUCUGAAUGAAUGAAUGAAUGAAAGGAAAGAACAUGAAACUUAAAUUUA